AAGCUGAGAGAGGAGUUGUCACCCGCCUGAGGGCACUUUUAGCAGAUCCAGCAUCAAACCAGGUCUGUGCCCCCGUGGGAGCCCAGGUGUCCGGCGCCAUGUUUGGGAAGAAGAAGAAGCGGGUGGAGAUCUCGGCGCCCUCCAACUUUGAGCACCGCGUGCACACGGGUUUCGACCGGCACAAGCAGAAGUUCACAGGGCUGCCCCGCCAGUGGCAGAGCCUGAUCGAGGAGUCGGCACGCCGGCCCAAGCCGCUCAUUGACCCCGCCUGCAUCACCUCCAUCCAGCCUGGGGCCCCCAAGACCAUCGUGCGGGGCAGCAAAGGCGCCAAGGAUGGGGCCCUCACGCUGCUGCUCGACGAGUUCGAGAACAUGUCGGUGACACGCUCCAACUCCCUGCGGAGAGACAGCCCGCCGCCCCCCGCCCGCGCCCGCCAGGAGAACGGGCUGCCCCGGGAGCAGGCCUCCGUGGCCAGAGGGGGUCCGGACAAGGCAGGCGGCCGGGGCCAGGCUGCUCACAGUGAGGCGGGUGGCGGCAGCGGUGACAGGCGGAGGGUAGGGCCGGAGAAGAGGCCCAAGUCUUCCAGGGAGGGCCCUGGGGGAGCCCAGGAGUCCUCCCGGGACAAACGCCCCCUCUCUGGGCCUGAUGUCAGCGGGGCGAAACUAGCAGCUGGCCGGCCCUUUAACACGUACCCGCGGGACACAGACCACCCGUCCCGUGGUGCCCAGGGAGAGCCUCACAGCAGGACCCCCAAUGGGCCAUCCGCAGGGGGCCUGGCUGCCCCCAAGUCCUCCUCCCGGCCCCCCACCCAAGCCCGUGGUGCCCCCAGCCCUGGAGUGCUGGGCCCCCAUGCCUCCGAGCCCCAGCUGGCCCCUCUGUCCCGCACCCCUGCCGCCCCUGGGCCCCCUGGGCCCCGCUCGCCCCAGCGGGAGCCCCAGCGGGUGUCUCAUGAGCAGUUCCGGGCCGCCCUGCAGCUGGUGGUGGACCCAGGCGACCCUCGCUCCUACCUGGACAACUUCAUCAAGAUCGGCGAGGGCUCCACGGGCAUCGUGUGCAUCGCCACCGUGCGCAGCUCUGGCAAGCUGGUGGCGGUCAAGAAGAUGGACCUGCGCAAGCAGCAGAGGCGCGAGCUGCUCUUCAACGAGGUGGUGAUCAUGCGGGACUACCAGCAUGAGAACGUGGUGGAGAUGUACAACAGCUACCUGGUGGGAGAUGAGCUCUGGGUAGUCAUGGAGUUCCUGGAGGGAGGCGCCCUCACCGACAUCGUCACCCACACCAGGAUGAACGAGGAACAGAUUGCCGCUGUGUGCCUGGCCGUGCUGCAGGCCUUGUCUGUGCUCCACGCCCAGGGUGUCAUCCACCGGGACAUCAAGAGUGACUCCAUCCUGCUGACCCACGACGGCCGGGUGAAGCUGUCAGACUUUGGGUUCUGCGCCCAGGUGAGCAAGGAGGUGCCACGGAGGAAGUCGCUGGUGGGCACACCCUACUGGAUGGCCCCGGAGCUCAUCUCCCGCCUUCCCUACGGGCCAGAGGUGGACAUCUGGUCUCUGGGAGUGAUGGUGAUCGAGAUGGUGGACGGGGAGCCCCCCUACUUCAACGAGCCCCCCCUCAAGGCCAUGAAGAUGAUUCGGGACAACCUGCCGCCCCGCCUGAAGAACCUGCACAAGGUGUCACCAUCCCUGAAGGGCUUUCUGGACCGCCUGCUGGUGCGUGACCCUGCCCAGCGGGCCACGGCGGCCGAGUUGCUGAAGCACCCGUUCCUGGCCAAGGCGGGCCCGCCUGCCAGCAUCGUGCCCCUCAUGCGCCAGAACCGUACCAGAUGA